AUGAUUAGACUUAUACGUCAACUGUCAAUUCAAAAAUUUGUUCAACCUCAACCAAAAUUAUUAUUAUUAUUGAGAUAUAAUUCUCAACAAAUCAAUUUCCAUAAACCUGAUAAAGCUUAUUCUAAUGAAAGAUCUGAAGCUGCUGAUGCUGCUCCAACAAUUUUAUCAGAAUUACAUGAUGAAAAAGUCCAUCCUAAUAAAGCUACUUGGUUAGAUGCAUUAAAACAACGAGAAAAAUUCCAAGCUGAAGGUAAAACUCUUGAUAGUUAUAGUUAUAUUGAUCCUAUAACUACUGCUGUUGGAGAAAAAACUCGUAGUGAUUCAUUUUCAUAUUUAAUUUUACCAUUUAAAAAUGAUAAAUGGUUAUGUGAUGCUUAUAUUAAUGCUUUUGGUAGAUUACGUGUGGGACAAUUAUUUCAAGAUUUAGAUGCUUUAGCAGGAAGAAUUGCUUAUAGACAUUGUUCACCUGCUGAACCAGUUAAUGUUACUGCAAGUGUUGAUCGAAUUUAUAUGAUUAAAAAAGUUGAUGAAAUUACUAAUUAUAAUUUUGUUUUAGCUGGUUCAGUUACUUGGACAGGUAGAUCAUCAAUGGAAAUUACUGUGAAAGGUUAUGCAUUUGAAGAAGAAGAAAAUUUUACUCAUAUUGAAAAUGAAGAAUCAUUAUCUGAAGAAAAUGUUUUUUUAUCAGCAAAUUUCACAUUUGUUGCUCGUAAUCCAGUGACUCAUAAAUCAUUUGCUAUUAAUAGAUUAUUACCUAUUAGUGAAACUGAUUGGGUUGAUUAUAGAAGAGCAGAAUCUCAUAAUGCUAAAAAAAAAUUAAUGGCAAAAAAUUUAAGUUUAAUUGAACCAACACCAGAAGAAUCAAAAUUAAUUUAUGAUAUGUGGAAAUCAUCAAAAUCAUUACAAGAUGUUGAAAAAACUAAUGAUGGAAUUGCCUUUAUGAAAAAUACUGUUAUGAAAUCAACAUUAUUUAUGCAACCACAAUAUAGAAAUAGACAUUCUUAUAUGAUUUUUGGAGGUUAUUUAUUAAGACAAACAUUUGAAUUGGCUUAUUGUACAGCAGCAACUUUUUCCCUGGCUGGACCAAGAUUUGUUAGUUUAGAUUCUACCACUUUUAAAAAUCCUGUCCCCGUUGGAUCAGUAUUAACUAUGAAUUCAUCAAUUUCUUAUACUGAACAUUUACAUGAAUUGAAUCAAAUAAAAGAAGAAAUUGAUAAUGAUUCUCCAUUUAAUUUUUCAUUACCACCAACUAAUAAAAUUUCUAAAUCUCCUGAUGCAUUUUUAUCAGAACCAGGUACAUUAAUUCAAGUUAAAGUUGAUACUUAUAUUCAACAAUUGGAACAAAAUGAAAAAAAACCGGCAGGGACAUUUAUUUAUUCAUUUUUCGUUCCUAAAGAAGGAGGAAAUUCAAAUUUUUGUUCAGUGAUUCCUCAAACUUAUUCAGAAAUGAUGACUUAUAUUGGUGGUAGAAGAAGAGCACAAGAUACUGCUCAUUAUGUUGAAACAUUAUCAAUAUCGAAAUAG